GGUAGGUCCCGAUCCGGUCCCGGUUUUGGUCUUUUAGCCCCGGCACUGAAUUAGGCGGGGUGGGGGGAGGCAGGGCUCUGGGAUGGGUCCGGAUCGGGCCCGGUUUUGAAUCGCGGCCUUGAUCAGCUGGUCCUGGAUCGGACUUGGUUCUGGAAACGGAUCGGGCCCUACUCCAGUUCGGGGCCAGUUCUGGUCCAGGAUUGGGACCCAUCCUGGGUCCGGAUCGGGCCCGGUUCUGGAUCGGAGCCUGUUCUAGAUCAGGAUCAGGCUGGUUCGGGAUCAGGGCGAAUUCUGGGUUCACAUCGGACCCGGUCCCGGUUCGGGCCCAGUUUUGGAUGGGGGCCAGUUCUGGUCCAGGACUGGGACCCACCCUGGAUCCAAAUCGGACCGACUCCUGGUCUGGAUCGGAGCUAGUCCUGGAUCCGGAUCAGGCUGGUCCUGGAUCCGGCACAAGGACCCGGCUCAGUUUUCGUCUGGGAUCGGGACCCAUCCUGGAUGCGGAUCGGGUCCGAUUCUGGCCCGACCCAUCUCCCCCCCACCGCUCCCCUCCAACCCACCAGGUCCUUGGUCCACUUCGAGAUCCCGGAGCUGGGCGAAGGCAGCUUCAUGGAGGCGCGGGGCCUGCAGCUGCUGCUGCUGACGCGCGGGGUCGUGGGGCUGAUCGCGGACGAUGCCUUCGAGGGCGCCGAGGUGGGGGAGUGCCAUGCGCCACCCGCCCGUGCCCGCCUGCCCCUGCGCCGCCUGCGCCCGCCUGACUUUGACUGCCUUGUGCCUGAGCUGGUGCCGUUCCAGGCGUUGCCAUUCCAGGCGCUGUCGGUGGAGCCGGUGCGGUUCCGCGGCGAGACGCUGGUGGCCGUGGCACAGCCCUUCGCCGGGCUCUGUGGCCUCCUGCACUGGGACCAGCUGGCCGGUGCCUUCCGCACCUAUGCCACCAUCAAUGCCACAUCGCCCGUGGCGUGCAAGCCGCUGGUGUUGGGGCGCCCCCCGCCCCCAGCACCAUGCACGCUGUGUGCCUGCCAGGUGCUGCGCUGGGAGGGGUCGCUGUUCCGUGAGGUCCAGGCCGUUCCGGCACGAGGGUCGCUACUCUUCCAGCCACUGGUGCUGGGCGGGCGCCUCUACGCCCUGCUGGGCAGCGAUGUGGCCUACAGCCGCCUGUACCGCUUCGACCCGAGUGCUGGGCAGUUCGUGCCUGGCCAGGAGCUGGCGCCACCUGCACCCCGUGCCCUGGCACCCGUGCCCGUCGGCCCCCAUCACUUCGUCCUCAUCUCCAGCUUCACAGGCAACUCCCAGAUUUACCGCCACGUCCUCGUGGACCUCAGCGCCUAAGCCCGGAGCGGGACCUGCCACAGCCACUGGGGGGCAGGUCAGGGGCUGUAAUACUCGCCACAGCCACCAGCGGGCAGGUCAGGGGAUGUAGUACCCCACCACAGCCACUGGGGGGCAGAUCAGGGGCUGUAGUAGCAGGGAGCAGGUUGGGGCCAUAGUACCCUGCCAUGGCUGGCAGGAGGCAGGUCGGGGGCUGUAAUACCCACCACGGCCAUCAGGGGGCAGGUCGGCAGCCGCAAAAUACCCACCACAGCCACCAGGGGGCAAGAGAGGGGCUGUAAUACCCUGCCAUGGCCACUGGGGGCAGGUUGGGGGCUGUAAUACCCUGCCACAGCCACUCGGGGCAGCAGGUGGGGUAAUAGCACACCCUGUCAUGGGGCUGGAGGGGGGGGCAAAAGAGGAGGCUUCAUCAGCCCCCCCCCAAUAAUUUUAGGGCAUUUUCAACCCUUUUUGGGGAAAUUCCUGGAUUUAAACCCAUUUUCUCUUAGCUUUUUUUUUGUAACGCUUCAACUCGCUGUAUUUCAAUUAAAC